GUCACACAUCCCAGUCGUUGAGUGGAUCAUGCUAAAGAUAGUCCCAUUGUUCCUUAUUACUACUACUACUACUACUGCUACUACUUUUCAAUCUGCCCAGUGCCGCAUCAUUGACAAACUAGACUUUUUAUUAAAGUGCGUCGUGUCCCCACAUGGGAUGGCUAUCUGCCAAAGUGAGUACUUUUUUAUCGAUUGGCCAAAAGAGCCGAGUCCAGCUUUUGUCACAUUUUGGGAUGUGUGGUGCCUGAAGUCAUUCAUUAGUAAUGCGCUCAAAAGUGUGUGCCUGUUUCAAAAAAAAGUCCGCUGUACCCAAAAAAAAAUCAGAGGCCCGGCCUGGAAUAACACGGAGUACCCCUAAGCCUAUCUAUCUAUCUAUCUGUAUCUAUCUAUCAUUCUAUCAAUCUACACUGCACGCGUCUGCUUAGGUGAAGGUAUGCGUCGCACAUGCCAGCCGAGGAGGACGAGUCUCACAGAGUCUUUUCCAAAUAAAUACACAGUGUGAAACAAUUUUUACCCGGAGAGAGGUGAGCUCGUCCAAGCUCGCGGUUUGCGGAGAUCAUGGGGAUACGGAGGGUAGGAGGGUGGGCACGGUCCAC